AUGGUUACUGCAAGAACCCCCUGGGGCUGGUUCCUGGGGCAUCUCAUCCUUGGGGUUACAGGAUCCUUAGCCUCAAGUGCCAGCGGUCGGAUCAUACAAGGCCAGGACUGCCGUCCACACUCGCAACCCUGGCAGGCGGCACUGUUCUCAGAAGAUAAUGUAUUUUUCUGCUCGGGCGUCCUGGUGCAUCCGCAGUGGGUGCUGUCAGCAGCACACUGCAUACAGGAUUCGUACACCGUGGGACUGGGCCUGCACAGCCUGGAAGGCUCCCAAGAGCCUGGCAGCCGGAUGUUAGAGGCCCACCUCUCCAUCCAGCACCCGAACUACAAUGACCCUCCUUAUGCCAACGAUCUCAUGCUCAUCAAGCUAAACGAGUCAGUGAUGGAGUCUAACACCAUCAGGCGCAUCCCUGUGGCAUCCCAGUGCCCCACCCCUGGGGAUACCUGCCUAGUCUCUGGCUGGGGUCGACUAAGGAACGGGAGACUGCCCAGCCUGCUGCAGUGUGUGAAUCUGUCAGUGGUGUCAGAGGAGACCUGCCGGCAGCUCUAUGACCCCGUGUACCACCUCAGCAUGUUCUGCGCUGGAGGAGGGCAGGACCGAAAGGACUCGUGCAAUGGGGACUCUGGCGGUCCCAUUGUGUGCAACAGGUCCCUGCAAGGGCUCGUGUCUAUGGGACAAGGAGAAUGCGGACAGCCUGGCGUACCAAGUGUCUACACCAAUCUCUGCAAGUUCACUAACUGGAUCCAGACCACCAUUCGGACCAACUACGGACUGACCACACCGCCCACAUGA